AUGGGGAGGAGGGGCAGGGGCAGGGGCAGAGGCGGUCGGAGAAUCUACACUUACGAGGGCGCCUGGCAAAUCUACGCGAUGAACUGGAGGCGUGCGGCGCGACACAGAGGUACCGGAAUGGCGAUCGCGUCGCGGCUGGAGCAGUGCCCGAACCGCGUGAGAUCGUCCAGGCUGGAGCCGACUGGCCACCGGCGACAUCCGCGCCGAACCCGCGGCCCUCUCCGCUUGCGACCACGACUGACCCCUACCCCCCUCCACCAAGGCCAUGUUCCUCUCCCCGACCGCGGACCGUCCUCCCGCCCCACUCCUCGCCACCUCCCCGACUACCUCCCGCAUCUGGCGCGCUCUCGCGGGCGCGCGAGCUCCGCUCCCUCGCUCAACGGCCACAGAAACUCCGAGUACUGCGGGCCCCUCACCUCCUUCGACUGGAACGAGGCCGAGCCGCCGCGCGCGUCGACCUCCUCCGUCGACACCAUCCUGCACCAAUGGGAGCGUCGAGCGCGGAGGCCGUCGACAGCGCAGCUCAAAAUCGCCCACGACAGGAAGGUCUUAGACAUCGCCUGGGGCGGGGUCGGCGUCUUCGCCUGCUCCGCCGACGGAUCCGUCAGGGUCUUCGACGCUGCGCGACAUGAGCACUCCACAUCAUUACGAGUCGCUCCCGACCCCGCCGCCGAGACCCCCUUCGUCAGGCUCGGCUGGAAACAGGACCCGCGCUACAUGGCCACCGUCAUUGCAUGGACAGCGCCAAGUCGUCGUGCUCGACAUUCGCGCUUCCCCACGCUUGCCCGUCCGUUCGCAGCUGCAGCGCGCCACCAGGCCAGCGUCCAACCGCCAUCGGCCUGCGCCCCGCACAUCUCCUGCCACAUCUGGCACGCCGGGGACGACUCCCCAGGCCUCAUCUGGACCCUCUCCCCUUCAUGCGGCGCGACGCGGGGCGGCAAGCAAGCGAGGGGCCCUGAGUCUCGCCCGCCUCUCCGCGGAAGGGGGGCCUGGAUCCCCAUACUGGCCUACCACGGCCGGGGCGGAGAUGCGACGCAGCUGCAGUGGCUCGUGCGUCGCAGCCGGACUGGAGUGUGCGAUCGCCUCUCGAACAAGCUGCAGAUCCUGAGGGUCUGA